CGUGCCAGUGUGAUCUCUCCCAUCGUAACCAGCUCACUCACGUGUUUGAAACCAUGGCGUACCCGAAGGUCUUCUUUGACAUCACUAUCGAUGAUAAAGCGGCCGGUAGGAUCGUAAUGGAGCUCCGCCCCGACGUGGUGCCGCAGACCGCAGAGAACUUCCGCGCGCUGUGCACCGGGGAGAAGGGCUUCGGCUACAAGGACUCCAUCUUCCACCGGAUCCUCAAUAAGUUCAUGUGCCAGGGCGGAGACUUCACCAACCACGACGGAACCGGCGGCAAAUCCAUCUACGGGGAGAAGUUCGCCGACGAGAACUUCAAGCUGAUGCACACGGGCCCCGGCACGCUGUCCAUGGCCAACGCCGGGCCCAACACCAACGGGUCCCAGUUCUUCAUCUGCACCGCCAAGACCGACUGGCUGGACGGUAAGCACGUGGUGUUCGGCAAGGUGGUGGAGGGCCUGAGCGUGGUGCAGGACAUGGAGAAGGAGCACACGGCCAGCGGCAAGCCCAAGCACACGGUCAAGAUCGCCGACUGCGGCGUGCUGUAGAGCGGCGCCGGAACACCGGGAGCAACACCUGGGGAACACCGGGCCGCUCCAUUUUGAAUCUGAUAAAUAAAAUCACUUCAAAAGAU